UUUUUGUCCUCGCCUGUCUCGGGCCGGCCUCCGUCAUGGAAGCGCAGAAAGAAGCUCUGCAGAGGAUUAUUUCCACACUGGCACACAAAAAUGAUGAAAUCCAAAACUUCAUUGAAACACUAAAUCACACCUUGAAAGGUGUCCAGGCUAAUGCUUCUAGUGUAAUCGGUGAGCUGGAUGAGGAAUUUGAUGGCUUGUAUUCAAUACUAGAUGAGAUGAAGGAAAGUAUGACUACUAGUAUAAAACAAGCAGAAGCUCAUAAAACUCAAGAACUUCAGAAUCAACUUAGUCAAUGUAGUAAGUCCCUUGAGAACUCUGAAGAAUUGCUUGAAUUUGCUACGCGGUCACUGGACAUAAAGGACACAGAGGAAUUUUCAAAGGCUGCCAGACAGAUCAAGGAUAGAGUUACAAUGGCUCCGGCAUUCCGUCUCUCUUUGAGACCCAAAGUGAGUGACAACAUGACACACUUGAUGGUGGACUUCUCUCAGGAAAGGCAAAUGCUCCAAGCUCUAAAGUUCUUGCCAGUUCCCAGAGCUCCAGAGAUCGUUCUAGCUGAUUGUCUUGUAGCUGACAACUCGGUAACAAUAUCGUGGCAAAUGCCAGAAGAAGACAACAAAAUUGAUCACUACGUACUAGAAUAUAGAAAAACCAAUUUUGAUGGACUACCUCGAGUAAAAGAUGAGAGGUGCUGGGAAUCUAUAGACUACAUUAAGGGCACUGAAUACACAUUAUCAGGUCUGAGGUUUGAUUCAAAAUAUAUGAAUUUCCGUGUCCGAGCUUGCAACAAGGCUGUGGCGGGAGACUGUUCUGACCCAGUGACUUUAGAAACCAAAGCUCUUGUUUUCAAUCUGGAUGGUUCCUCGUCUCAUAUGAACUUGAAAGUUGAAGAUUCCUGCGUUGAAUGGGAUUCUUCAGGAGGCAAAGGCCAAGAGAACAAAGUGAAAGGAAAAGAGAACAAAGGCAGUGGCCAGAUUACCCUCCUGAAGAACAAUACAAGAAGUGGGACGCCCUCUCCAAAACGGUCAUCUGUCAGUUUACGCUCUCCAUUGAUAAGAGGCAGCAGAGAUCGGUUUACUGGGGAAUCGUACACAGUGCUAGGAGACACUGCUAUUGAAAGCGGACAGCACUACUGGGAAGUGAAAGCCCAGAAAGACUGUAAAUCCUAUAGUGUGGGAGUGACAUAUAAAAAUUUGGGGAAAUUUGAUCAGCUGGGCAAAACUAAUACAAGCUGGUGCGUGCACAUCAACAACUGGCUUCAGACUACCUUUGCGGCCAAACACAAUAACAAAGCAAAGGUACUAGAUGUUGUGGUUCCAGACAGGAUAGGCAUCUACUGUGACUUCGACGGAGGUCAGCUUUCAUUCUAUAAUGCAAGCUCAAAGCAACUGUUGUAUACCUUCAAAACAAAAUUUUCCCAACCACUAUUACCAGGCUUCAUGGUCUGGUGUGGUGGUCUCACAGUGACAACAGGACUGCAGGUGCCAACGGCUGUGAAAACGUUACAGAAGAAUGAAAAUGGAUUGAGCGGUUCAGCUAGUAGCCUAACCAAUGUUGCCCAAUGAUAUUUCUGCUAUAGGUUAACUAAUCUUUUGCUGCAGGCGAAAUUAAGAAGAGCUUGCAACAAUGGUUUUAUGUGUUCCUGCUGCUUAUAAAGCCUGAGCACUAAUUUGUGCAGAAUACGUGGAGCCGAAUGGAAU